AUGUCAUGUGUGGUAGUCGCAACCAUCAAGAUUGUUCAAGAAAACUAUGGUUGGUUUUAUCCUGCUUGUCGAAAGUGUUUUAAGAAGGUGCUGACUAAAACUGAGUAUUUGCAAUAUGCUCAAACUAUUGCGGAGACGGUGAUGAACCUGGCGCCCACUUCUUUGGUCUGUCCCAAGUGUGAAGAAGAAUGUACAUCCGUAACCAUCAAGUUCAAGGUUCAUGUGAGGGUUCAAGAUGAAACUGGUAGUGUGACGUUUGUAAUGUUUGAUAAAGAUGUUAUGAAGAUUGUUGGUUCAAGUGCAAAUGACAUAAGGGAACGCCAAGUGAAGUCUAAUGAUACUCAAAGUUUUCCAUACGAGCUCACUCGGUUGCUUGAAAAGAAAUUGGCGUUUAAGGUUGACAUUACGCAAUACAAUCUUAAUCAUGACUAUCAUGUUUACACAAUCCAAAAAAUAUGUGACGAUCCGGAUAUAUUAGAUGAACUGGUUGCGGAUAAUGUUGUUCCGCGUGAUGGUGAUGUUGCUGAUGAGGUAAGUCAAGAAGUUUGGGACUCGAAAGCCGUGCAACUUUCUGAAGAUUCACAAAGGGGGGGUGACUCGAUUUCCAAGGAUGUGUUGUCUGUUACGGCCGACUCUUCCGUCGUUGAAGUAGAGAAGGAUUCAGGAUCCAGUCCGAAUGGCAAGAGAAGCGUUCAGCAUGUGGAAGGGUUAAAUGUUGGUGAACUAUCUUCGAACAACAAACGAAACCGCAAGAAGCCAUCUAAGUUUAACAGUUAG